GGUGCGCAACUGACUGGGCCGGUAGUGAACUGCUUGCCUUCUUAUGGAGGUGCGGGUGAGAAGGUUUUGGAAGUGCAGUGACAGACUACUGAAGCUGAAGCCAAAGCUGAGGCUGAAGCUGCUUUGAGACUUGUAGGUCGCAAGUUCGAAUCGCGGCAAAGUGGAAAUGAAGAAAGUUUCGGUUCUGUUAGGAGUGGCUGUUGCGCUGGCCUUUGUUUUGUCUGCAGGGGCUGGAACUGUGGGAAUCAACUACGGCCGCGUCGCAAAUGAUUUGCCGUCGGCCGUGAAGGUAAUGCAGUUGGUGAAAAGCGCCGGCAUUGGAAAAGUAAAGCUUUACGAUGCAGAUCCGUCUGUGCUCACGGCUUUCAGUGGCUCGGGGAUUCAGCUCACCAUAGCUUUGCCUAACGAGCAGCUCUAUUUUGUGUCUCGGCGCCUCUCGAGGGCCUACGCCUGGGUGAAACAAAAUGUAGCGGCCUACGUGCCAGGCACACAGAUUGUCGCCAUAGCCGUUGGCAACGAGGUUUUUGUAAACCCUAAGAACAUCACAGCCUUUCUCGUUCCGGCCAUGAAUAACCUUCACCUCGCUUUGCUCAAAUACGGCCUCGGCGACAUAAAGAUUUCCAGUCCGCUGGCCCUAAGCGCGCUGCAGAGCUCGUAUCCUUCCUCUGCCGGUGCCUUCAAAGCGGAGCUCGUGGACACCGUAAUGAAGCCGAUGCUGGACUUCCUCAACAACACGGGAUCUUACCUCAUGGUAAAUGCCUACCCGUUCUUCGCCUACAAGGACAACGCAGACGUCAUUUCCCUGGACUACGCUCUCUUUAACCCUAACAAUGGCGUUCCUGAUCCAGCGACUGGUUUGGUGUACAAAAAUCUCUUCGACGCUCAACUUGACGCCGUCUUCGCCGCCGCUUCGGCGCUCGGCCACAGCACUCUGGAUAUCGUGGUGACAGAGACCGGGUGGCCAUCAAAGGGCGACGAGGCCGAAUUAGGCGCUGGAAUGGACAACGCAGCCACAUAUAAUGGCAACCUGGUAAAGCAUGUUCUCUCCAACAGCGGCACACCGUUGCGGCCCAAGGCAACACUCGACACCUUCCUCUUCGCUCUCUUCAACGAGAACAAGAAGCCAGGGCCUACCUCGGAGCGCAACUACGGCUUAUUUUAUCCUACCGAAGCCAAGGUCUACGACAUAGCGCUCACUCCCGAGGCCAUCAAGAACCAGCCCCCGCAGGUCCCGAGUUCGAGCCACUCUACCUCAAAGCCCCGCCAUAGCAGCAACGGCAACGCUGGAUCUCAGACCUGGUGCGUGGCUAAUGGCAAAGCAGGCAACGAGAAGCUGCAGAGCGCGCUUGAUUAUGCUUGCGGCGAAGGUAGUGCCGAUUGUCAGCAGAUCCAGCCUGGUGCGGCCUGCUAUAAUCCUAAUACUUUGGAAGCCCACGCGUCUUAUGCUUUCAACAGUUAUUACCAGAAAAACAGCCGAAAGGCGGGAUCUUGCUACUUUGGUGGUGCUGCUUUUAUCGUCUCUCAGCCUCCAAAAUUCGGUAGCUGCGUAUUACCCACCGGCUAUUAGAUGGUUUAGAAUUUUAGUACUAUAUGUAGUCUAGUAAUGGCUAUCUAGUGUGUAUUGUAGUCACCUGGGAGGCCCGAGGAGGAACUGAGCCGCCCAAUAUUUUGUAUAUGAAUGGGCGUGCUCUGGGAAGAGUUUACUAGGAGGGAAGGACUAGAUAGAGGUGGUGUUCAUUGUAUUGCUUUUAAUCAGAAAUUCAAUUAUGGUCUCUUUUCUUCUGAA